AUGGCGGACAACACAAACACCAAUCCCUUCGAUUGCGAUGUGGAUCCAGAAAUCAUCACAGAAGAACAGCUAGAUGACACUGAGAAUGACAUAUUGCCAAUGGAGCCGUCCGAGUCAUCAUGGGAUUCGAUUGCACACAAUUUAUUGAAGGAAAACUUUAUGCUUACGGCCUUAGAGUUCCAUACAGAGUUGAUAGAAUCGGGGAGAGAACUUCCACGUUUGAGAGACUAUUUCUCAAACCCUGGAAAUUUUGAGAGAACUCGUGAUGACCUGACCUCGCCGGGUUUGCCAAGAACCUCCAGCAUUCAGACAUUUGAUUCCCUUGACUUUGCAAGGUAUUCUGAUGAUGGAGCUGGUCAAGUGGAUGAACGUGUUGCAGUGCUUGAAUUUGAACUGCGGAAGGCACAAGAAACAAUUAAAUCACUCCGAGCCAGCCUAACCAAGGAAGCAGAAAACGAAUGUACAGAGAAUGUGGCUGAAGGGUUUACACAGAUUGGUAAAGACGAUCCAAUACGGCCCCUUGACAAGAGAGCACUCAAUUACCUUGUGAAUGAGUAUCUCCUGAUGAACAAUUACAAACUCACCUCUGUUACAUUCAGUGAAGAAAAUGAGGACCAAGAUUUUGAAGACUGGGAUGAUGUUGGAUUAAACAUUCCAAGACCACCAGAUCUCCUGCAUCUGUAUAAAGACUAUGGUAGUCAUGUAAUACAGGAAGUAGAAACAAACAAUGUGGAAUGCUGGGUAAAUCUAGAAGAAGAUCGUAUUGGAGAACUUGAACAGGAGUGGAUCACAAUGAAGGAACAGUUGGAUUUCCAGAACAAAGAACUUGAAGACCAAGUUUUACUGAUACAAACAGAGAAAGUAGAUCUACAAGACCAGCUCUCAGAGAUGUGCAGAUUAAAAGCAGAAUUACAGAAUUCUUUAGAGGUGACGAAAUCCAUACCACAACAAAAUAGGGGUAUAGAUGCUGUCGACUCCCCCGCAAAAACUGCCAAAUCUGCUGAUGUAGGAGAAAACACAAUUGACAUUAACAAUGGUGAUGACAUUGACAUGAACUAUGUAGAGGACAAUAAAAUGUCAAGGUCAGAUCUCAAUGAAAGCAAGCAUUCUGAGGACCAAGAUGAAGGAAAUAGUGAUUUUGUUGUCAUAAAUACACCUGAAAGCAGUAAAAAGGAGAAGGAGGAAUCAGAGGAAAAUGAAAAUCCAAACGGAAGGAACCUACCAUCAACAUUUAAGAAGGCCCUGUUAGAUGUAUGCUUUCAUGUAUCCAAAGACAACCGGAUUGUAAGUGAGGUGUCUCAGAUUGCGGGCUUCAACAAGGACAACGUUGUAUUGAUGCUUGGGCGAUGUCUACCUCAUAUAGUACCCAACGUCCUCCUGGCCAAGAGAGAAGAGUUAAUUCCCCUGAUCCUGUGUACGGCCAUGUUACACCCUGACCAGAAGGAGAGAGACCAACUACUCAACAUCCUGUUUAACCUCAUCAAGAAGCCAGAUGAUGAACAAAGACAGAUGAUCCUGACAGGAUGUGUAGCGUUUGCCCAACAUGUGGGACAAGCUCGACUCAUGGAGGAGCUCCUACCGCAGUGUUGGGAACAGAUCAGCCACAAGUACGUAGAGAGGAGAAUACUGGUGGCGGAGGCGUGUGGGGCCCUGGCUUCCUACCUACCUAAUGAGAUCCUGAGCUCACUAGUGCUGUCCAUGCUGCAGCAGAUGCUGAGUGAUGAUAAGGAUGAGGAGGUGCGGGAGGCGGUGGUCAGGAGUCUCGGUCUACUCUUUGGCUUUAUCUGUGAUACUGACAAAUUUUCUCAGGGGUUUGAGCUUUUGCAGACGGCCCUGAAAGACAACUCAGAGCGGGUGAUCACCGCAGCCCAGCAGGUCUUCCUACCAGCAUUCGCUGUUUGGGCACAGGAACUUGACAAGUUGGAACACAAUCUGAUAAAUACCAUCCUUAAGGACCUGGAAGAACUAUUGGCGACUCGACAGUGUGCUCUAGCAGCUCAGAAGGCAUCUAACAGUGUGACGAUUCCCCUAAACGAGGGGCGCUUCCUCCUCCUCAUGAUGGCACUUCAGGAACUCGUCCCCUUCCUUUUCCUUUCCAUGGUCAAAUCUGCCCCAUUUGUUAGUCACCUGAGUGAGAUGUUAGGUACCGUGGAACCAGUCGAUGCUUCCCGGUUUCCUAAACCAAGUUCACCGUUGUCAGAUCUGAAAACUGUAGUGGGAGGCGGAAAGGAGUUGUCUGCCCUUAUGAGUCUCUACGAAAAACACAUAUCUCAGGAAUGGUUUGAACCAUGGGACAACUUUAAUUGGGUUGUAAAUAAUUUAAUCCCGCGUUUGAUUGAGAUCUCCAUGGGAGCUGGACUCUCAUCCCCCCGUAUCACCACAUGUCAGUGUAAAUGCUUCUUCAAGAUUUGUCGGACAUUCGGCAAAACAUUCAUGGAGAAGAAGAUUCGACCAAAAUUCAUAGAACUGAUGAUACUAACAGAUGAACAUGUGGAAUACCAGGCAUACGCCAAUGCAAAACAGACGUCGGUGACGACAUGUAUUGUACCGGUUUAUGCGGGAGGAGUCCUCAGCGCAUUUAAUUCGGAGGAGGAUCGCCAGCAGUUGUCCCAGUUCCUACAAGAGAUGUUGACGAUGGUGUCCGUGUACCAAGCUCCCCUCGACAGCAUCAAGGCAGCCUUUACCGAAAUCAGUGCGAACCCGAGUAACCAUGAGUUACUGUUGACUGUGUUAUGGGAGGGCGUGGUUCACACGUCGGCUCAGGUGCGGAGUACAGCGGCUCGUUUAUUUGAGCUCCUAGUCAAGGGAGUCAGUGAAAACCUUGUGUCCGCUCGAGUUUUCCCAGCCCUGGUCACCCUCGGCAACGACCCAGAAAUCUCUGUGAGAACUUCAACCAUUCCAGCUUUAGGUGCAAUAAUAGAAAAUAUCAACCAAAGGGAGAUGUUAGAUCGUGUGUACAUGCAGUUUCUGACCUUCAUGGAUGACCCUGCAUAUAAGGAUGAACACAACAUACAGACAGAGUUGAUCCGAACACUAGCCCGCGUCGGACCGAACGCAGAGCCACGUUUUAGAGAUGAAUUCAUCCUGCCGAGACUGGCAGCCAUGGCAUCAGCCAACAACCACCUGUCGGCAACGGAGGGUCGGAAGCGAGACAUCGCCCUGCUGCUGUUCGAGGCGUACAGUGCAAUGUCUUGUUGCUUUAUCAAUGACCAGCUCGUCCAGGAGGCCAUGGUUCCUGGUCUACGCUGCCUCAAACACGACGUGGCACAAAUCGCACCAGAACAUGAGGAGGUGGUUUCCUCCAUGAUCAAAGACUAUGAAUCCAAGAUGGAUUCUGGGAGGCCCGCUGACAG